GCGGCCGGGGCGAGCGGCGGCGGUGGCGGCGGGGGGAGCUUGGCCGCGCUGUCGCUGUCCCUCUCCCUCCGCGCGCGCCCUCCCGCCAUGUUGUUGUGAGCCCCUCGCGGCCGAGGGGGGGGAGGGGAGGCCGGAAGGAGACGAGCCGACACGAGCGAGCGGCGGGGGGCGGCGGGCGGCCGGCGGUGUCCCACGGCCCGCUCCGGCUCCGUCGCGGCGAACGGCGCCGCCAGCCAGACAGCCCGUUCGAUCUGUGGAUGAGAUGAAUCAUGAGUUUCAAGCUCUUGCCCUAGAAUCUCGGGGAAUGGGAGAGCUUUUACCUGCCAAAAAGUUUUGGGAACCUGAUGAUUCAGCAAAAGAUGGACAAAAAGGGAUAUUCCUUGGUGAUGAGUGGAGAGAGACUGCAUGGGGAACUCCUCACCAUUCUAUGUCCCAGCCUAUUAUGGUACAGAGAAAGCCUGGACAGGGUUUUCAUGGAAACAGUGAAGUAAAUGCUGUAUUGUCUCCACGUUCAGAAAGUGGUGGCCUUGGAGUGAGCAUGGUAGAAUAUGUGUUAAGUUCCUCUCCAGCUGAUAAAUUGGAUUCCCGGUUUAGGAAAGGAGCUUUUGGCACUAGAGAUGCUGAAACAGAUGGACCUGAGAAAGGAGAUCAGAAAGGCAAGGCUUCUCCAUUUGAGGAGGACAAAAACAGAGAUCUUAAACAAGGAGAUGAUGAGGAUGUUACUAAAAUAAAUGGCAGAGGUUUGCCAAAUGGAAUGGAUGCCGAUUGCAAAGAUUUUAAUCGUACCCCUGGAAGUCGACAAGCCUCCCCAACAGAAGUAGCUGAACGCUUGGGUCCCAAUCCCAGCACCACAGAAGGAUUGGGUCCACUUCCCAAUCCUACAGCCCACAAGCCCUUGGUAGAAGAAUUUUCCAAUCCAGAAAAUCAGAAUCUAGAUGCCAUGGAACAAGUUGGUCUUGAUUCUCUACAAUUUGAUUAUCCUGGCAAUCAGGUACAAAUGGACUCUUCGGGAGCUACUGUAGGACUUUUUGACUACAAUUCUCAGCAGCAGCUUUUCCAGAGGACUAAUGCUCUGACUGUGCAGCAGUUAACAGCAGCCCAGCAGCAGCAGUACGCCCUGGCUGCAGCUCAGCAGCCUCAUAUAGCAGGUGUAUUCUCAGCAGGCUUGGCUCCAGCUGCUUUUGUGCCAAACCCAUACAUCAUCAGUGCUGCUCCUCCAGGUACUGACCCGUACACUGCAGCUGGAUUAGCUGCAGCAGCCACCCUAGCAGGUCCUGCUGUGGUUCCGCCUCAGUAUUAUGGUGUUCCAUGGGGGGUGUAUCCAGCCAAUUUAUUUCAGCAGCAAGCUGCAGCAGCAAAUACUACAGCAAAUCAACAAGCAGCCUCCCAGGCACAACAGGGACAGCAGCCGGUUCUGCGUGCUGGAGCAACUCAGCGCCCUCUAACUCCCAGUCAGGGUCAGCAAGGGCAGCAGGCAGAGUCACUUGCAGCAGCUGCAGCAGCAAAUCCAGCUUUGGCUUUUGGUCAGGGUCUUGCUACAGGCAUGCCAGGCUAUCAAGUACUAGCUCCCACUGCCUAUUAUGAUCAGACUGGUGCCUUAGUAGUAGGCCCUGGAGCAAGAACUGGCCUUGGAGCACCAGUCAGAUUGGUGGCCUCUACUCCUGUUAUAAUCAGUUCUGCAGCAGCACAAGCAGCUGCAGCUGCUUCAGCUGGAGGAACAGCAAACAAUCUCACGGGAGCCACGAACGGUCUAUUUCGGCCACUUGGUGCCCAGCCACAACAACAGCAACAGCAAACAAAUAGUAGCCUACAGUCCAAUUCAUUUUAUGGCAGUAACUCUUUGACCAAUAACUCCCCAAACAGUUCCCUUUUUUCACAUGGUCCUGGCCAACCAGGAAGUACAUCUCUUGGCUUUGGAAGUAGCAGCUCCUUAGGAGCAGCUAUCGGCUCUGCACUUGGUGGAUUUGGCUCAUCAGUUGGCAGUUCUGCAAGUAGUAGUGCCACAAGGAGAGAUUCUCUAUCUACUAGCUCUGACUUGUACAAAAGAUCUAGUAGCAGCCUAGCACCCAUAGGGCAGCCAUUUUACAAUAGUCUGGGAUUUUCCUCCUCUCCAAGUCCAAUAGGCAUGCCUCUGCCAAGCCAAACUCCAGGACAUUCACUUACGCCACCGCCAUCACUUUCAUCACAUGGAUCCUCAUCCAGUUUGCAUUUAGGAGGACUCACAAAUGGUAGUGGUCGCUAUAUUUCUGCAGCACCUGGAGCAGAAGCAAAGUAUCGCAGUGCAGCAAGUACCUCCAGUCUUUUUAGCUCCACCAGUCAGCUCUUCCCUCCUUCACGCCUUCGUUACAGUAGGUCUGACAUUAUGCCUUCUGGACGUAGUCGAUUGCUGGAAGAUUUCCGAAAUAAUCGUUUCCCUAAUCUUCAACUAAGAGACCUUAUUGGACAUAUUGUUGAAUUUUCUCAAGAUCAGCAUGGUUCUAGAUUUAUACAGCAAAAGCUGGAGCGAGCUACUCCAGCUGAGCGCCAGAUGGUGUUUAACGAGAUCUUGCAAGCAGCGUAUCAAUUGAUGACUGAUGUGUUUGGAAACUACGUGAUACAGAAGUUCUUUGAGUUUGGAAGCCUGGAUCAAAAGUUAGCCCUGGCGACACGCAUACGUGGUCAUGUUCUGCCAUUAGCCCUACAGAUGUAUGGUUGUCGUGUUAUUCAGAAAGCACUCGAGUCUAUCUCACCUGACCAGCAGGUAAUUAACGAAAUGGUGAAAGAGCUGGAUGGUCACGUUCUGAAAUGUGUGAAAGAUCAAAAUGGGAACCACGUUGUGCAAAAGUGUAUUGAGUGCGUGCAGCCUCAGUCCCUGCAGUUCAUCAUCGAUGCAUUCAAAGGACAGGUGUUUGUGCUUUCAACUCAUCCAUAUGGCUGUCGAGUAAUUCAGCGUAUUCUGGAACACUGCACUGCUGAGCAGACCUUGCCAAUCUUAGAAGAACUACAUCAGCACACGGAACAACUAGUGCAGGAUCAAUACGGAAAUUACGUUAUCCAACACGUACUAGAGCAUGGUCGGCCUGAGGACAAGAGUAAAAUAGUGUCAGAAAUCAGAGGAAAAGUUCUAGCUCUCAGUCAGCACAAAUUUGCCAGCAACGUGGUAGAAAAAUGUGUAACUCAUGCUUCUCGUGCUGAAAGAGCUUUACUUAUUGAUGAGGUCUGCUGCCAGAAUGAUGGUCCUCACAGUGCCUUAUACACCAUGAUGAAGGACCAGUAUGCCAACUAUGUUGUGCAGAAGAUGAUUGAUAUGGCUGAACCUGCUCAGCGGAAGAUAAUAAUGCACAAGAUUCGACCCCACAUCACAACUCUGCGUAAAUAUACCUACGGCAAACACAUUCUGGCGAAGCUGGAAAAGUAUUACCUGAAGAACAGUGCUGAUCUGGGGCCGAUUGGAGGACCACCAAAUGGGAUGCUGUAAAAGGCAAAAAAAAACAAGGAAGGAAAUGGAAGAAUUUUAUUGUGAAUGAUCAAAACAUACAACUUAACUAUAAAUGUUCUGAUUUUUUUAAAUCUAUUUAUUGACUUUGUUCAUCCAUUUGUAAAAUUUUUAUUCUUUUGUAUAUUUUUGGGGAGUGAAUUAUAAAAAAUAAUAAUAAUAAUAAAAAAAAAUCCUCCAGCCCUGAUCAGGAGACCUAUCAGAUUGGAUGGCUGGCAAAGCACAGAACGCCUGUAUAUGAUGUAAUUGUAUCAAAAUAGCUGUCACAUAUUUUGUAAAUUUUUACCUUGUAAAGUCACUGAAAUAGUUUUUAAAGGGAAAAAGUACAGUAUUCUUUUAAUACACUGGCUUGCAAUCUGGUAGGUCUACCCAACAUCAUAGCACAACAGAUUUAUAGAGCUGUAUAUAGAAUCGAUCCUUAUUUUUCCCUUUCGUGUGAAGUCUUUUAUACCAGAUUAAAAACGAUCAGCUGCAUAAACAUUAUUUAACAUGUCGAAAAGUUAAGUUGUAUUUUGGUGGUUCACAACGUCCUAUCAAAUAAGGAACUGGGCACAGCAAACUAAAGCAGAGAACAGCAAAACAACGGGAACCUGAAAAGACAAUUUUCACCACUCGCUGUGGACAGUUGUUUCUUUUUUAAUCAGUGCCCUUAGGUUUUCUCUAGCGAUGUAUCAAAAACAACAGUGCUGUAUAUACUUCUAUAUUUAAUGGCUGUACAAGGUAGAGGAGUGGAAUGGCGGUGGUACAUCCACUGCGUAAAGCACGCCGUUGGAAGAGGAGUGAACCCUGUAUUAACUUUACAGUCAGUUUUACAACGCAGGAAGAGUAGAGAUUUGUAUUUUUUUAUUUUGCAUAUAGAAUUGUAAGGAUUGGAAAGCGUUGAGCGUUUGUUUUGCUUUCUCACUGUAGAUGCAAAGAAACAAAAUAGAUAUUUGAUGACGAGAAGAGGGGCCACUGAAAAGUAAACUCGAUAGCUCAACAUUUAAGCAUGAUUGAUUAAAUAUCCUGAUAGCUUUUUUGCUUCCUAUAAAUAUAUGCAUUGUAUACGUGUAGUUAAUAGGUGUAAGUUUACAGUUUGAAAACAAAUCUCGUUUCGAUGUUUAUUACAAGCCUUGCUAAUUUAGUAGUGACGCUUACCUUGGUUGUACAGAUGUACAUUUGUAAACCUUCAUGCUGUAAAUGUAAUUUGUUUUACCCUUUUUUGGGACGAAAAUUUGCAUUUUAGUGUAUAUUCACAUCCCCGUCCCCCUUUCUUCCCCCUGGCAUAUAGUGUUGUAUAAUGUAAAUUUAUUUCAGCAAAUUCAGAGUGAUUUUUUUAAAUUCUAUCUUUAUAUGGUUUCAGAAAUACGAACCAGCUUUUUUGUUUUGUUUUGUUUUUUUAACUAUUGUGAGAAACAUUCUGUUUUGUUUACAACGUAAGCUGUUGGUUCCGUUCAUAUGGACACCUUGGGAAAUCAAUCUGUUCAAAUUUUAAGUCGGGAUAAUAAGCGUGGUGAGAAAGAAGUGGACUGAAUCCUUUGGUUAUCGCAGAAACCAAUGCUUCUUCCAUCUUAAUAAAUGUGGCAUGAUUUUUUUGUACAGAAGAGUACUGUAUUUUUGAAUAGCCUUCUCCCAGCGUAAAGCAAAUAUGUAUGAUACUGUCAAUUUUUUUCUCUGGACAUACGACAUUGUAACAGUAACAUGAGAUGAUGUACAUUUACAAGCGGCCUUAUGUACAUUUCCCAAUGAUCUUUUUAAGGCAGAGUUGUGACCAUAUGUGUAUAAUUAAAAUCCUUUUUAAUCCUUUGCCUAUGGAAAUAUUUUGGAAAAAAAAGAAAAGAAAAAAAAAAAAAAGCUUACUUUGUAUAUUCAGUUUCUGAAAGAUAAAGAAAGUGCUUUGUAUGUUGUUGAAGUAAGUAUUUUGUGUAAAACAUUCAUUUGGAGGGCGUGAGCGUAAGUUGUGAUCACCAGGACGGAUGGAAAGCAGUUUUGAGCGUUGAUAAAUAAAAGGCUGCAGCUGUAGGGCUCUGAAGAAGGAAAAUAGUGGUGGUAUAAACUUGUGUAGGGAGUUCUGUUAUUCUUAGUAUCAGGUUUACGUGAGUCUUUUUAAAGCAUACAUCUGAAUUGCUACCUUUUUUUCUUUUUUGUGAUAGUGUUUAAGUCACAAAUAGGCAAACAGGGAAGUAUGUUCUGGCCUACCAUCAUUUCUGCAUGUCAUUUAAUGCCUGCAGCAAGUGAUGUAGUGGCUGAGGUAUCGUUAGUAACCUCAUCUUUGAUUGCCAAGUCGUUUUUGAAUGGCAGUUCACAACGUUCCUUUUAAGAGUUACAGGCCCUGCUAUUGGAGCCAGGGCUUUCCCGUAGCCACACAAAGGAUGGCACUUGAGCAACUUACUUGAACGCAUUAAUUCUCUUCAGUGAGUAUUUUUAUCCUGUGUACAAACACUGUCUGUUAUUAUCUGCAGAGCUGACAUUCUCUGAUGUGUGAGACGUUAAAUUAGGCUUUGGGGAAUGUCCAGGCACAAACUGGUGAUGUCUGAGUACGUUGUCCCUGUAGCACUCAUGCCAUAGUUGAAUCAGUCCCGUAACUACAUCCUUAGUGCUUUCAGUACCUCAAAAAUAAUCCUCCACUUGCUCUCCUAAAUUACCAUUUUGCACAAACUAUAUCCAGGAACAUGAAAAUCACUGGGUUUCAGCUAUUAUAGGCUUUGGGUAGAACCACUAGGCUUCUUUUUUUUUUUUUUUUUUUUUUUUUUUUUGGCUAAAAUACCGCUUUUUGAUAUAGACUGUUUAUGGACCAGUUUGAUUAGGUUUGACUCCAGGUGGCUCAUAUUAAAUAAUGUAAUGUUCACGUGUAUAUACUGUAAAAAUCAAAAUGAAAAUGUGUUAAUAACACUGUGUGAAAUACA